AUGAAAGGUCGUCGGCAGGCUAGCGGACUAUCAAAAGCCGAGCGUAGUUCCAGCAAUCAGCGUCAAAACGACGCCGCCGCCGCCGUUGUUCCCGUACCCGAUCAUUGGCAGGCGUGUAUUUUCAAGGUCGGCGAUGAUGUCCGGCAGGACAUCCUGGCACUCCAAGUCAUCCAGAUCUUCAAAAACGUUUUCCAGCAGUGCGGCCUGGACCUGUUUCUCUACCCCUACAAGGUUGUGGCAACUGGUCCCGGUGCAUAG